AUGACUAGAAUUUUGGAGAGCGGCUGCAACGACCGCACUGCAUUCAGCAAGGUUAUAGACAAGCUCACCGCCAGCCAUGACGAGCUUGAGAAGAUCAAUGUCGAGCUUGAGGACGUGAUUCCCGUCGAGGAUCUUGAAAGAGAGUACGAGUCUGCAGCGCAUUAUGACGACCAGACGCUUGAGACCCUGACACGCCUCCGGGACCAGCUCGCAGAUCUCAGCGUCGGAAGCACGGUGCAGACUCCUCCCUCGACGACGCUCAAUACGCCACCUGCCCCAAGGACAGUUGUGUCACAGAGCUUCGGACCUCGUCUCCCAACGCUUACCAUCAAGCUUUUCCAUGGGGACGUGUGUCAAUGGACGUCGUUUUGGGAGCAAUCCAACAGAACGGUGCACGCAAAUACAACUCUGCGCACUACUGAUAAAUUCCAUUACUUCCCCAACUACCUGGUAGCGGAAGCAGCAACAGCCAUUUCCGGACUGCCAACGACUGAAGGGUGUUAUGAGAGUGCCAUCCAGCUGCUUCAGCAGCUGGAUGGCACUCUUCAAGCAGUUCGGAGACAGGAGCUGGAUUGUACAGCAUCAUUUCAGAGCGGUCCAAGAACUGCAGCCCGUGACGACUUCUUCGGAUACGAGGGAGUUGCGCAGGUUGUAUGA